AUGAUGUAUACUCAACUUAUUCGUCAAAUGCUGAAUUGUUGUUCCUGGUUCAUACUAAUUUGUCUUUCAAUUAAUUAUGUCCUUGCUAGUAGUUAUUUAAAAUACAGGUGGGGUCAGUGGUCUUCGACACCCUUAACUUGUUCCGUUACUUGUGGUAAUGGAGUAAGAUGUCGAGUUCGAAGUUGUCUUGAUGGAUAUGGUAAUGUACAGUCAUCAACAAUGAUGUGUGAAAGUUCAGAUCCAUAUGAAUCUCAAGCUAAAGAAUGUAUGCCAUGUUUUGUCAAUACACGUUGCCCACGUAUUCCAGGUUGGGGAACAUGGAGUUCAUGGUCAUCAUGUCUUCCUACAGGUGGGCAAAAAAUUAAUGGGCAAGGAUGUCAUACAGGAAUUAGAACGCGUUACCGACUUUGUAACAAUCCUCCUCCAGAACCAUAUGGGUUCAAUUGUUCUGGGAUUAGUCACCAGACUACAGAAUGUGAUUAUAAUUGUGUAGAUGAAGCUUUUAGUACCCUUGAUGAUAUUGCCGAUAAAAUAACUUUCCAGGUCGCAAAAGAUCAACUUAACAUGAAUGCAUAUCAAAAUAUUCUACGAAUGCGUGUUAAGCAAAGUGUUCGAAUGGACUGUGUAACACCAGCUUACAACCUUGCCAAAAAAUUAACUUCUCGAGGAAUUUUCGGUCUAACCUCUCGACUAUUUCAAGAGCAUACUUUGACUAUAAAAUGGCUUAAAAAUGGAAGAUCGAUAAUUCCAGCCGAUUCUAACUCAGGAUCUAUAUCUGAAAGAAUUUACAGAACUAAAAAUUUUAAGAAUAAUCAAAAUAAACUGUUUGAUGAAGAAAUGAAAUGGAAUCUACUGCCAGAGAUAUCUUCAUUUUACAUGGAGGAUACAUAUUUAGUUUUUCCAAGUAUAGAUUACUAUGACCAAGGUUUUUAUACCUGCCAAAUGACGAUUGGUAAUCACAAGUGGAAUACAAUUUUUUAUACCUUGAUUAUUACUGGUAUAAAAUACAUUGCACUAGAAGGUGAUCCGUUUUAUCUUUAUUCUAAUCUGGGAUAUUUUAAUGCAUUGGAUAAUACAGCCGUUUGGAUGGAAUCAGCCCAAAUAGUAUGGAAAUUAAAUGGUUAUGAAUAUUCACGUAAUUUAGCUUUACGAUUAAACCGACGCAUCCAAUUAAUUCCUUAUUUAAACUUAACACAUCAUGGGACUUGGAAAUGCUUUUUAUUUCUUCAAGCGUAUCGUUUACCAAGUCAAGUCGAUAAUCCACGGACAUUUAUUAAUCGGAUAUAUUUAAUUAAUGAGUUUUAUUUAAAAGUUUAUUCAACACAACCUAGUUUAUGGCAAUCAAUCAAAUAUCCAAUCACAGCUAGAGCGUUGAAACAAACAACUGUGAUUUUAUUAACGAUUGGUUUGUUUCUAACUCUAAUUAUAUUAUUAAAUAUAUGGGCUGCUAGACGCUGGAUAAAACGAACACUAACAAGUGAUCAACAAAAGGCUAUUAUACAAGAAUUGUUAGAUAAUGAAUGUAGAUUAUUAUUGGCCUGUAAAAAACGGGCUAAUAUAAAUAAAAACAGAUUACUACCACUAAUUUUACAAGAAGACCAACGUUUACGGAAAGCUAGUAGAAUUUUAGGUUUAGAUAAUAAACAACAAAUUAAAAUUGCCUGUUAUCAGUAA